AUGGACAUGCAAUUGGGUAUGAAGCACGAGAUUGGGAAAGACAGGGAUGAAGAAGUGGAGCUUCAGUGGAUGUCCAGGGGUUCUCGGGUGUCCAGAGAUGAGGAGGAAGAGAGGUACCAAGAAUGCUCCGACAAACAGGACCCCUUGAGGGGAAUAUGGUUACGAAUUAACAGAAUCCCCGAAACAAUCCACAACAUGUCACCGUAUGGAGUAUAUAUCCCCCCGUUAUAUAUACUAUUUGCAAUGGUGCUUCUUAUUUGGGUGUAUUCAGUCAUUUUGUUUGAACGGCCCAUGAUUUCACAUGAGAUUCCGGUGAUGCAACUAUCAUGUGGUAGAGCCGAGCAAAUUUGGGAAGGAUUCGACACAGAGUGUGGUCUCCAUGCGGAGAAGUGUCUACUGCCAUUUAAGAGACAUAAGACGCUCUAUGUCAAAUGUCCGGCAUUUUGUGAAGGGUCAGGUUUGGUAUACAAUGUCUUAAGAUACAAGGAUGUGGAAAUCCAAUAUGAGCCAUUUAUUGUGACAUCACCGGUUGAGGAAAAUGGGGAAAUCGUAUACCGAGGCGACUCGUACCCAUGUAUGGCUGCAUAUAGAGAAGGGCUAGUGGGUAAUAUGUGGGGCGGUACGGUGAAACUCGAGCUGACUGAUCGGUAUCCUUACGAUGUUAAUCUACAAAAUGAUGAAAAAAUGGUGUUUAAUGGAUGGUAUCCGGCUGGGUUUGUAAUCAAGCCCCUGGAGAGAGAUGAAAAAGGAAACAAUUUGUUUGACUUGAUAUCUCUGGUGAUUUGGAUGGGCGUAUUUUUGUCCGUUGGUCUGGGGGUCUUUGUCGUGAGAAAUGACAUUUUCUGGUUUUCUUCAGUGAUGCUUGUAUAUUUGAGUAUUGUAUUAGUUGUUGAUCCACCAAUUGUUGUUGAUUACGAGGACAACAUCACCUUAGGAGACAACAGCUCCUGGCAGCUAUUGAGCGUUGUUAUAGGGAGGUUGUUACCACUAUCUGGGAUCAUUGUCCUUAUAUGGGUGGUUGUAUGUGAAUAUUCUUUUGUGGGGUCUGGAUUGAUCCAACGGCUAACAUUUUUAUGUGGAUUGUGGAUUACGGGGAUGGAUGCAUUGACGUUUGAGAAAUUGCCAAUUGAUCGGUUGGUCAUUGAAGACGUCAUCAAUAUGGGUGCGUCUGGUAUCUUAGCAUUUAUAUUUGUCAUGAUACUGAUUGUAUUUUGCUGCGUUCUUCAACUUUACAGAAUAUGGAGAGACGGGUGGUUUCUGAAAUGCGUUUCCAGGUAUCUGAUUGUUAUUUUCACAGUUGUUGCACUUGGUGUUUUAUUUGGAGACAGGCUAGUAUUGAGAGUUCAUCAUUGGGUUAUUGGGUUGUUUUUCAUUUGGGGGUGUAAAUCACGGGGAUCAAUAGCCGGCGGACUACAAGGGCUCUGUGUUGGGUUGAUACUGGCCGGCGUAGGCAGGUGGGGUUUUGCCUCAAUCUUUGAAAGAGGAUGGGUUGUUGAUAGAGAUGGAGACAAUGGUGAUCGUCCAACCGCUCCAUCUGUUCCUGUAUUUGUUUACAAUGCGGCCAGACAUCAAUUAACCAUUGAACCAGUUGAUGAUGAUACUGAAAUCAAUGUGUUUGGAAACGAUGUAUGGAUUUACAAAGGUCAUGGAGGCGAAGACAUUCCCAUAGAGGAUAUCCAAUGGUUGAGAGGACGUGCAUGUAAUGAUGGAGGAUGUAGUGAGUGGGUAUGGAUAACGAAAUAA